UGUUCACAUCCAGUGUUCGUUGAUCUGGAAUUUUGAAACCCCGACUCAAUUUAAAGCUCAUACUACUAUUAAAAGAUUCAUAGUUUUGUUGAGCUAUGAAUUGAACACUUCUUUAUCUUGCUGAAGGAAAAAUGAGGCGACUUUUCUGUAUCUUUCUUUUGUGUCAGAUUUUUUCACCCACGUCCGCUGCUGCUCCUGCUGAUUCCCCGAGUACCAGUGGAUGUAAAGGCAAAUCUGACAAAAAAGAUUGUAGCACGACAUCUGCUCCUACAGAAAUCACCACAGAGCCACAGACAACAACCCCUUUACCUACCACAGCAGCGCCUACAACCGCCGCUCCUGCAACGGCUGCUCCUACAACCGCCGCUCCUGCAACGGCUGCUCCUACAACCGCCGCUCCUGCAACGGCUGCUCCUACAACAGCUGCUCCUACAACAGCUGCUCCUAUCACGACCGCUAGUAUGGCAGCUACGACUGGAUGUUGGCAUAGUAAUAUAGGGCAAAGGAAGAAGUGUUAUGAUUUGACAAGUCCAACCACAAUAACAGUGAUCACCACGGAGGUGGAAACCACCACGGAGGUGGAAACCACAACGGAGGUGGAAACCACCACUGAAGCAACCACCGUGCCUACCACAACCCCUGUCCCAAAGCGUGUUUAUUCGUCCGCCCCGGAGAUUAUAUCCUUUCUAGAAACUACUUUCACCGACCCAACCUCGACGUACAAUAGUUUGAUUUUUCCGAGAAAUAAUUUCAAUGAAACUAUAGAAGUUGAUCUCGGUUUUACUUUGAUAGCAAUAACUGACUUCGAUGAAAUUGCCGGAACGUUGGAAGUCGUUGGGAUCUUGACCAUUUCGUGGUAUGAUGAGCUUGCGGACGAUGAUUAUGAUGCAGACAAACAUGGACGUUUUACAGAAACCACUAUUCCAAAUCAGUUUUUAUGGAAACCUCCGGUCUCUUUAUUUAAUUCAGCAUUAUCCAUCGUGCCCGUUGGUGACAAGUCAAAUUAUGUCCGACUAUACAGGACCAUAAAAGAGACUGAUCCUUAUUACGGAUAUGCGAGGAUGGUAUGGAGACCUGGUGUUGUUACGACCACGGGAUGUGUGGUUGAUGUAGCAUAUUUUCCUUUCGAUAAACAGUCCUGUAAUAUUACUUUUACAAAUUGGGGUUUUACGAAGGAUGAGGUAAAGUUCAAACCGACAGCAGACGCCAUUGAUCUAAGAGACUUCUCACCAUCAGAUGAGUGGAAAAUCACCAAAACGAGGCUUAUUGAAGAAACACUUGACAACGGCUCGUUCGUCAAAUUCGAGAUUUCUUUGGAGAGGCAGCCUAUGUAUUAUUUAAUAAACUUUUUCCUACCGAUUGUUAUAAUGGGUAUUUUGAACGCGUUGGUGUUUAUUUUACCUUUGGAGAGCGGGGAGAGAGUGGGGUACUCCGUGUCUUCAUUCCUUACGUUCGCCGUGUAUUUGACUCUAAUUGCUGAUGGAAUGCCGCGAACAUCCGAACCAAUGGCCAUUCUGAGUUACUACCUAGUAUCCAUGAUCGUCAUGAGUUCAGUUGCUACAAUCAUCACCAUUUUCACCCUUCGAGUUUACCUAAAAGACGAAGACGACCCUAUCCCAACACCCGUUACCCUUAUCGUUGCCUGUCUUAACUGUUUGGUUUGCACUGUUGAAGAUGAUGAUGACGACGAUGAAGACGAAACGCCGUUGCUAGAUUCCGAUGGUUUAGAAAUGGAAAACAUGGGGAAAGGAUCGGCGAGAUUACACCAGUCUCCGAUAGAAGAUAACACAAGCUGGACCAGUGAUGUACCCGACAAUAAAUACGAGGUGGACUGGAAGCUAGUGGCGAGCACUUUAGACGCCUUUUCAUUCGUGGCUGUUCUUGGCGGGAGCAUCGCCAUAGCUGUCGUGUUUCUUAUCCCUCUUGUGGCUCAAAUGUAAUAGGACGGAUAUUGAUAUUAGUGGCCUACAGAUAUGUACAUUAACUCUGGGUUUGUUUCGAUGCUUAUUCUGGUAUACUGUGGAAUCAUUAAAUUUCGUGGAGGCAAAUUUUCGAGGAUGGCUUAACAUCUAUAGGCUCGAGGAGAUGUAAUUUCGUGUAUUCUCUUAUACCUAAAAAAGGAAAUAUGACUUUAAAUCCCUAAUUUAUUAAUUCGUGGAUGGUAGGUACCUACAAAAUCCACGAUAAUUGAGCCACCACGAAAUCUAGAUUUUCCACGACACAUGCAUGCACCCAGUCUUCUAUAAUUUGAUUAAUAACGACAAAUAAAUGUGGACUUUUUGUUACAAUCUAUGCUAAAUCAAAAUUACGUACAUGUCUUGUUUGAAAAAGUAAAAAAAAAUCGUGAAGCAGUAAUUUCUGAAUUGUUCGUGACAUUGAUAAUUAUUUUUUCAAAUUAAAGUGAAAUGAAUUACAUUCUAUAUAUCUAUUAUAUAAGAACAGAAAUAUUAUGGAAUUGAUAUUGCUUUCUCUUUACUGGUAUUACAGUCCUAUGCCAAAGUUC